AUGGCGGGGCAGCGCUCGCCGCCAUCUGCGGCCGCCGGUGGGGGGCGGAGGGGGGGGCGCUCAGCUGCCGGCGGGGAGCGGCGCGGGGCCGGGCGGGAGGAACAGGUGCCGGUGCCCCGGGAGCGGCGGAGGCGCGGCGGCCGCCCGUCCCGUCCCGUCGGGGCACCCCAACGCCGGGGCCGCCCCCACCCCCGCCCCGCUCUGACCCCGCGCCGCGGCGGGGGGAUCCGGUUACCGGCGCGGCCGCCCCAGCUGUCGGCCAUCCCUCACGCGGCCGCCGCGAAGGACGUGGGGAAAUGCGGGCAAAAAGCGGCCGAGGCACCGUCACAGCGCUGGGAGCCGUCCCAGAGCCGGAGGGACCCGACAGGAGUGGCACCUGCGCGUGGCCCCGGGGACGGCAGGACGGGGGGCGGGCUGUGCUGCGGGCAGAGCCCCCCCAGGCCCCGCCGUGCCCGCGGCUUUCACGGCCACCGGAGGAGACCCCCUCCGUCCACACCCGUGAGCGGCGCCCCGAAGGUGACCCCGCGGCCUGCGGGGCCCGACCCGCACACCGCGUCCCGCAGGGAGCCCCGCACCUCGCUGAGCACCGACGCGGCGCCCGUUCUCCGGCCCCGGAGAGGCGCCCGGAUCCCCCCGCGGCCGCCGGCCCUCGUCCCACGUGCAGCCCGGGACCCCCCCCGGCCCGCCCCGCUCAGGAUCGCCCUCCGCCCUCACCCCGCACUCCCUUAUCUCGGGCGGCGCGGGGCUGUCAGCGCCUCAGACGGAGCGUUUCCUCAUCGCGUCCCCCCGCGCGGCCCUAAUUGGAUCCGCAUGGCCGCGGGUCGCGGCUCCCAACCCCGCAGCCCUCGGGGGGACCCCGACUCCCCGCUGGUGGCUGCCGCAGCGCGGGGACGCCCCGGGCCGGAGCUGGGAGCCCCGCGGAGCCCCUCCGCCUCGGCCCCCCGUCCCCAGCCGUGGGACUGGAGGUGA